AUGGUCAACGACAAUCCCCAGUUUCUGCACAAUUUCACACUUGGCUAUAACAUCCAUGAUAACUAUGCCGACACCCUUGGCACUUCAGAAGCCUUGCUGGACAUCCUCUCUACUGGACAAGCCAAUGUUCCCAACUACAGCUGUGGAAGGAAGGAAAACCUUCUGGCUGUUGUUGAUGGAGCUAAGAGGGAAAUCUCCAUCCAGAUGGCAACAUUAGUAGGAACCUACAAAGCCCCACAGAUCCAGGAGGAGAAGCACAAAGGGCCAAGAGAGGUCAGAGACUCCGAGGCUGCAGCCAUGGCAGAUAUGGAAAAAUGCAGCAAGUGUCCACCUGAUCAAUAUCCAAAUAAGGACCGAAUAGAAUGUAUCCCCAAAAUUAUAACCUUCCUGUCUUACGAAGAAUAUCUGGGCAUCAUCCUGGUUUCUUUUGCUCUAUUCUUGUUCCUAACCACAGACUUUGUUUUAGUCAUAUUCCUUAAAUACCGAGAAACUCCCAUUGUCAAAGCCAACAACCGGGACCUCUCCUACAUCCUCCUGAUCUCCCUCCUGCUUUGCUUCUUGUCUUCUUUUCUCUUCAUUGGUCAACCAAGGAAAGCCACCUGCCUUCUCCGACAAGCAGUGUUCAGCAUCGUCUUCUCAAUUGCCAUUUCUUCUCUCUUGGCCAAAACAAUCACAGUGGUGCUGGCUUUUUUGGCCACAAAACCAGGAAAUCGAAUGAAGAGAUGGUUGGGGAAGAGCUUGGCCAACUCCAUCAUCCUUUCUUGUUCUGCUGUUCAAGUGAUCAUUUGUACCAUCUGGCUGGGAAUUUCUCCCCCAUUCCCUGAUUUUGACCUCUACUCCCAGCCUGGACUGAUUAUCCUGCAAUGUAAUGAAGGCUAUGUUGUCAUGUUCUACAUCACCCUCAGCUACCUGGGCUUCCUGGCUGCCAUCUGCUUCACAGUAGCCUUCCUGGCCAGGAAUCUCCCUGGGGCCUUCAAUGAAGCCAAGCUGAUCACCUUCAGCAUGCUG